UAACCUUGUGUGACAAUGGCCGUCGUCGUCGUCACCGAUAAAGCAAUUCCACCGCUCGCAAUAUUUUACGUAAUCGAACGCUGUCAAUUGGUUGUUGAUGCUGCAGCUUCACGACAAGGCAGCGCUGAUGUCACGCCAUGGCAUUUCCCCAAAACUUUCCUCUCGAUCACCGCCCUCCUCCUCUUCUUCCUAGCGUCGUCGGCAGCAAUCUCCUCACUGUUCAAACUUCACACAUCAUCGAUCUACGUUUUGUCGCUUUCUCAAAUUAUUAAGAGUGAGAGAUUUCAGCAGCUGAUUGAACACGCUUCGUUGUUUUAUAAAUUUUCGUGUUUUGUGAGUUAAUCAGCGAUGGAGAGCGGCGAGUACUUGGAUGAGAGGAAAGCGGUUAUGGAAGAGCCUCUGCUGGAAGACAAUGAUAGAAAAGGCGGAUUCCGGGCGUUACCUUUCAUAAUCGGGAGUGAGGGUGUCGAGAAGAUGGCAACUUAUGGUCUGAUGCAAAACAUGGCACUGUAUCUAAUGUCCGAAUAUCACAUGGAGAUGUCCUCUGCAUCCACUCUACUCUUCCUCUGGUCUGCAACCUCAAAUUUCAUGCCCCUUCUUGGAGCCAUUCUUGCUGACUCUUUCUUGGGUAGAUUCUACACAAUUGGUUUUGGAUCCAUCAUCUGUCUCAUGGGGAUGAUUCUGCUGUGGUCGACAACAGUAAUCCCUUCUGCAAAACCUCCCCCGUGUAGCGAUGGCAUCGCUUGCACCGCACCUACAGUUCUCCAGUUAACAUAUCUCUGCACUUGUUUCGGGCUCAUGUCCAUCGGGGCUGGAGGAAUCCGGUCGUCUUGCUUAGCCUUUGGCGCGGAUCAGCUUGAAAAAGGCACCGGUGGCUUUGCAAAGCACGGCGUCAAGGAAUGCUAUUUCGGGUGGUACUAUGCUUCUUACACAUUUUCCGUUCUUAUCGCGCUGACUUGCAUUGUUUAUAUUCAAGAUAAUCUCGGAUGGUCCAUCGGGUUCGCCGUGCCAGCUGUGCUGAUGUUCUUUAAUGCUACGUCUUUCUUCUUUGCUUCUUCCUUUUACGUGAAGAUGGAGACUAAGAAAAACCUCGUUACCGGUUUGUUUCAAGUGGCCGUUGCUUCUUACCGGAAUCGCCAUCUCAGAUUAUCCGAAAGCACGGAUUACCUGUGCCAUUGUGAGCCCGGCUCGACGCUUCUUCGCCCCAGCCAAAAACUCGGGUUUCUAAAUAUGGCGUGCAUAGUGAAAGAUCCCGAGAGCGAGCUAACCGUUGAUGGUGAAGCUACCAAUCCUUGGAGUCUUUGCACCGUCGACCAAGUUGAGGGACUCAAAGCUCUCCUUCGGGUGCUCCCGAUAUGGUCGGCGGGAAUGUUCAUGGCCGUGAACAUAAGCCAAAACACAAUCCCGUUACUACAAGCGGUCUCCAUGGAUCGACGCCUCGGAAGUUUCACGAUCCCGGCAGCCUCAUUCACCGUAUUCAUGGUCAUAUCAGUGAUACUCUGGAUCACCCUCUACGACCGCGUAUUCCUCCCGAUAGCAUCGAACCUCAAGGGAAGAUCCUUCCGUAUAAGCUCGAUGACAAGAAUGGGAGUCGGGAUAUUCCUCUCUUGUCUCAGCAUGAUCGUGGCAGCAGCCGUGGAGGGCCUCCGUCGACGCCGGGCGACGACAACGGGAUCGCACAUUUCGGCGCUGUGGUUGGUCCCGCAGAACUGCCUGUCGGGAUUUGCAGAGGCGUCGAACGCCAUCGCGCAAAACGAGUUCUAUUUCUCCGAGCUCCCAAGGAGCAUGUCGAGCAUAGCGGCAACUUUGACUGGGAUCGGACUGGCUGUCGCGAACAUCGUCGCUAGCUUGAUUAUGAAUGCCGUGGACGCCUUGUCGAGGGCUGGGGGCGGCGACGAGGAUAGUUGGGUAUCGAGCGAUAUCGAUAAGGGACACUACGAUUAUUAUUACCUCGUUCUUGCUGGCCUCGCCGCCGCCAACAUGAUAUACUAUCUUAUCUGUAGUCGAGGUUACAGCUCGUUGCAUUAAGAAUGUUGGAGCGUACUAAAUCGAACGUGUUUAUAAUAUAUUAGGGUGGAUAAUGUUAUUUUAUUAAAAAAAAUUAAUUAGGGUGAGUUAAUAUAUUGUGUAUGAUAUGCUCUAUAUCACAUGUCUUAUAGAAAUAUCUAUUUUUCGUGCGAGAGGAAGAAUAUCAAAAUGACCAUCCAACACAUCCAUCAAAUGAAGAAGAGUGCAUUUCCAAGAAUGCCCUCGUUAUUUUCUCCACGCUCCAAUCAAAGGGCGACACGUGCGUAAGUACGGAACCACUCUACUGCUGCUAAUCAAGUAACGGGAAGUGGUGGGGUGGGUGUAUUCAACACGGGCGUGUUGCUGGAUCGCAGCAGCCUAACAAACU